CAAAAUAUAUUUUUGAUAAUAUAUCUUACUGCAGCAGCGCAGCAAGCAAUGUGACGUCACGCGACGAAGGCGGAAGUGAGCUCAAAGCGGCGGCUCCAGUGUACACAGACAGCUGCUCAAGUAGUUUGUUUAUGAUGGAUGUCUUGCGUCCGGUGCUCAUUAACAUCAAUGGGAGAAUUUACAGAAAAAAUCCUGUUCAGGAAGAAACUUAUGAAGAUGAAGAAGAAGAAGAUUAUUCAUACUCAGGAACAGCUAUUGAGGAGUGCCUGGAUGAACCCUGUGAUACACACAACAUAGAACAGACAGAGAAAGGCUUUCGCUGUGCCAUAGAUGUGCCAAGUGUCCUUUAUAAGUAUAUUAUCGGUAAGAAAGGAGAAACACGGAAGCGUCUGGAAUCAGAGACGAAAACUUCGAUCAGUAUUCCCAAACAGGGUGUGGAGGGACAAAUUGUGAUCACAGGUGCGCAGCAGGCUGCUGUGGUCUCCGCUUUAACACGGGUGGAGGUUUUGAUCGAAAGCUUUCGAAGGAAGCAGCCGUUCACCCACUUCCUGUCUUUGGCAUUGAAUCAUGAUCAGGUGCAGGAGGGCUUUGUACGGUUUCAAGAGGAGGUGCUGGAACGCUGUGGUCAGGACGCAGGGGUGGAUGGCAGUAUUUUUCAGAAGCCGGCUAAACUUCACCUCACCAUUGGCACUUUGGUCCUGCUGAAUGAACAGGAAGUGACACGUGCAAUCGAAUUGCUUCAACAGUGUCAAGAUACUAUCAGAGAUAUAACUGAAGGAAAAGCUCUUCCUGUCGAGGUCAGAGGAGUUGAGUAUAUGAAUGAUGACCCGUCAACGGUGGACGUUCUCUAUGCUAAAGUAUCUGCUCAAGAUGGUUCUCAGAAAUUACAGCAGAUCGCUGACAGACUCGUGGAGUGUUUCGUAUCAGCAGGUCUGAUGGAACGUGAGUGGGAUAAAGUAAAGAUUCAUGGCACGGUGAUGAACACGCUCUUCAGGAAAGAUCCAUCAGCCGAGGUUAAAGGAACGGCAAGAAAACCGAACUUUAAAGAUCGUGAAGCUUUUGACGCAAGAAACAUUUUACAGGAGUUUGGCGAGUUUUAUUUCGGAGCGUUUGAGCUGAAUUCUGUUCAUCUAUCUCAGAGAUACUCCACAGACACUACAGGAUAUUAUUCAUCUGCAGGACACAUCACAUUCUCCUGACACUCAAACAUUUCUCUGCAUUUCUUCUUCAGUACAUCAAGCCCUGUGUAUACAAAUAUAAAUAAUAUAAAUAAUAAAUAUAGUUUUUUCUGAACUGAC